AUGCCGUGGACUGUAACAAACUCAUUCAAGCGCGGUCUGACGAUGAAAACAUACGGGAGACCUCUGUGGCGCGUCUACGACGACGACCCACGACCCGCGGCCAAGAAACGACGCGUUUUGUCGGGCACCGAGUCUGAUGAGGCUGAGAACAGCAUCCAAUAUGCCAUUCGGGAGUCCUCCGCCGCCGUGCGGUCCAGUCCGUCGCGUCGGAAUUCCAUCCUCCUCUCCGAGGGCUCCCCGGAUGGGGAUGACCUGUCGACGCCACCCUCCUCCCCACCACCACGGUUGAGCCCCCCGCCGGCCAACACGCGCAAACCGACAUUUUCCUUCCUCAAACGCAAACAGUCGGCCGCCCCGAAGGAUCGGGGUCACGCUUCCCCCGCCAACGGCACCGCCCAUCAUCCCACCUCCGGCACCAAUAACGGCACCCCCCUCACCGAGGUCAACUCCAACAGCGUGCGCGCCUCCGUUGAUCCCCCCAAGAAGGAGAAGAAGAAGAAGACCACCCCGGUCCCGUCCGCCCUGCCGCAACCGCCGCUGCGACAGAUGCAGAUCGAUCUGGGCCACGAGACGCGACGCACCUGCUCCACCUGCGGCAUGGAAUAUAUCCCGUCCAACGCCGAGGAUGCGGCGCUGCACAAGAAAUUCCACGAUAUGAACGCGACCGGGGUUGACCUGGGCAAGGCUUUCAUGCGAGCGAACGCGUCGCGCUGGGUCUACGAGGCUACACGCUUUGACGAAGGCUACGUGGUCAUUGUCGAUCGCAAAGCCUCGCCGACCGCCAAGAGCCAGGCCAAGAAGGUGCUCGAGGUCAUCAGUAAGGAGCUGUCCUCCCCCGAGAUCGACGACGAGGUCCUCUGGAGCCAGACGGAACCGCCGCCCUCCGCCGCCGCGGGCCAGAGUGACGGCCCGGGGGAGAAGGUCGAUCGCUACAAGGUCUUCCUCCACAUGAAGGACAGCCGCUGCGUCGGAGCCUGUCUGACGGAACGCAUCUGGGAGUCCCGCCCCGUCGACCACGUCGCCACCCCGAAGGAGGGCGCCGACACGGCGGUCACGGUCCGCCCGGAGACGCACCCGGCCAUCGUGGGCAUCUCCCGCAUCUGGACCUCGGGCGCAUCGCGGCGGAAAGGCAUCGCCAUGGAUCUCCUGGAUUGCGUCGUGAGCAAUUUUAUCUACGGCAUGGAGAUCCCCAAGGAGCAGAUGGCCUUUAGCCAACCAACGGAGAGCGGUCGAGCUUUGGCCCGGUCCUUUUUCGGCGAUGUCGAUUGGCAUGUGUAUGAGGAACGGGAAUAA